UUUUCCUUCCAACAGUUUGGGACACGGUGUUUCCUGAAACGGAUCCCUUUUAUCUUAUUCAGGACAACAGACCCAUCCACUCCAGCCGUGUUGUCAAAGAUUGGUUUCGUGAACAUCCCGACAUCGCGCUUGUCACAUCCACCCAGAUCUCCGAAUUUCAACCCAAUUGAAAACGCGUGGGAAGCCAUGUCAAAAUACAUACAUCGAGACCACACUCGUAAUUGUGUCGCAGUCGUGAAUAAUGUCUUGCAAGCAUAGGAACGUCUAUGAAUGGCGUCUAUUUUUCGGCGCUUGAACUGUGUUUUGGCAGCAGGAGAUCGUUCUAGUUCGCCGUUGGAAUGGAGUCUAGGCCCCUGACCCGCCAUGAUAGCAUGAACAACCCGCUGGUGCGCCCUCCUAACUACCAGGCGGUAGAACAGCCAUCGCACUCCGCUGCAUCAGCAAACGGCCUCAGGCAAAAGAGCAACCUGGACGACGACGACAUUCACCGUAACCCCCCUCCCGGCAGCAGCAGUGGCAGCGGAGGUGCCAUGGAUCCACCUCAGGGACACCAAAUGACGGUGACGUACGAUGGGGAUAGUGAGGGUUACGUGUCCUUUGCCGGUGGUUCGGGUUCAAACAACACGUUCCCCCUGGACUCUGAUGAGCAGGAGUUCCCGGGCAUCGGGCAGUAUGACGACUUCCACACCAUCGACUGGCAGCGCGAUGUGGCUCGGGACCGAAUGCGGCACCGGCACAUCAUCAAGAAGCGCGACGACAGUGCCUGGGACUGGAUCAAGAGUGGCCACGAUGCUUGGUCCGGAUGGCUCUGCGUCUUCUUGGUCGGGGUCAUCGCAGGUGCUUUUGCUGGAAUGAUUGACAUCGGAACUAGCUGGAUGUCUGACCUGCGUUUUGGUAUAUGUCCCGAGGCAUUCUGGUUUAACCAAGAGCAGUGCUGCUGGUCAUCUAACGAAACUUUUUAUGAUGGUGACAAUUGCUCUAAUUGGUACAGCUGGCCUGAGGUGUUUGGCCAUGAACCAAAUGGCGCAGGAGCCUACAUCAUCUCAUACAUUUUCUACAUCCUGUGGUCUCUUCUCUUCGCUUCUUUGGCAGCUUCUCUUGUCAUGAUGUUUGCCCCAUAUGCCUGUGGCUCUGGUAUUCCUGAGAUCAAGACAAUCCUGAGUGGCUUCAUUAUCCGUGGAUAUUUGGGCAAGUGGACCCUCCUUAUCAAGUCUCUCGGCAUGAUACUGGCUGUAUCAGCUGGCCUCUCACUCGGAAAGGAGGGACCUCUCGUGCACGUCGCUUGCUGUAUUGGAAACAUCUUCUCUUAUGCCUUCCCCAAGUAUGGAAAGAACGAGGCCAAGAAGCGUGAGAUCCUUUCGGCAGCAGCUGCAGUUGGUGUCUCUGUGGCCUUUGGUGCUCCCAUUGGUGGUGUGCUAUUCAGCUUAGAAGAGGCAUCAUACUACUUCCCCCUGAAAACCCUGUGGCGUUCAUUCUUUGCGGCACUGGUGGCAGCCUUCGUGUUGCGCUCAAUCAACCCCUUCGGCAACGAGCACUCUGUACUCUUCUAUGUCGAGUACAACAAGCCCUGGAUCUUCAUUGAGCUGGUGCCAUUCAUCAUCCUGGGAGUCAUUGGGGGAAUAAUCGGCAUGCUGUUCAUCAAGUUCAACAUCAAGUGGUGUCGUUUCCGCAAGACAUCCCUCAUGGGCCAGUACCCUAGGCUGGAAGUCCUUAUUGUGACCCUCAUCACUGCCUUCAUCGCAUAUCCCAACCCCUACACGCGCAUGAACACCUCCAACCUCAUUUACCUUCUGUUCUCCCAGUGUGGGGUGGCCAACAACGACAACUUGUGUACGCCUGGGUCGUCUCUGAGGUCAAAUCGGGUCAGUUUGGUUGAUGUGUUUCCCGCUGGACCUAAACCAGCCAGUCUGCCAUCCAGCGACUAUCAGAGGAACUUCACCAACGUAAACACAGCAAUAGAGAUUGCAGCAGCUGGGCCAGGAGUACUGCAGGCAGUGUGGCUUCUUGCUCUGGCUCUGAUCUUCAAGUGUGUGGUGACAGUAUUCACCUUUGGCAUCAAGGUGCCAUGUGGUCUUUUCAUACCCUCGCUGGCAAUGGGCUCUAUUAUCGGACGUCUGGUGGGCAUCGGUAUGGAGCAGCUGGCCUACAACUACCCAGAGUGGGCAGUGUUUGCAGGCGAAUGCAGCACUGGUGAGAAUUGCAUAACUCCAGGUCUUUAUGCCAUGGUGGGUGCUGCGGCUGUGCUGGGCGGAGUGACGCGCAUGACAGUGUCACUGGUGGUGAUCAUGUUUGAACUGACUGGAGGUGUGCGGUAUAUCGUCCCCCUCAUGGCAGCUGUCAUGGCAAGCAAGUGGAUUGGGGAUGCCUUUGGACGUGAGGGUAUCUACGAUGCACACAUCAUCCUCAAUGGCUACCCAUUCCUGGAUUCCAAGGAGGAGUUCAGCCACACCACCCUUGCCAAUGAUGUCAUGAAGCCAGGAAAGAACGAGUCAUUCUACGU